UGCGUGCACCAGCGGGUCCUCCAGCAUCACGUCCUCUGAAGAAUCUAAAAAUGUCUGGCCAUCGUGACGAGAUCGCAUCAGCCGGCGGGAGUCAGGGAUCCCCGGAGAGAGGUCGGAGGGAAGACGCUCACACGCCGGGGGAUCAGAGGAGCCUUCUCAUCGGAGGGCGCGGAACUUCGAAAUCCGCCGCAAAAUACAUGGGGAGCUUUCCGACGGACGAGCGGGAGGCCAGGAUGCUCUCCUCGACCGGUAACUGCGGGGGGGACUGCGUAAGUGAGCUCCGGAACCGUCACCGGGAGGCCUUCCAUCUCAAGGGUCGUCUGCCCCCGAAGAGAUACGAUUCAGGGCCCAGGGUCGGAGGGGAGGGCGGUGGGAAUCGCGCCGACGUCGGGACCAGAGAGGAGGCCGGUGCUCGGACGUCAGUUCCUGGACGUCAAAAUGGCACUGGAGAAGUCAACAGAGGGAGAACUCGAAGAAAAAGUUUGGGCGACGGCGAGGAGAGCGACGACGCGGAAGAAGAAAAGGGCGACGAGAGGGAAAAUAUCGGCGAUGGAAGAAAUGGUCGUGGAUCGAAGGUUACGUCAUCAGAGGACCCAUUCGAAGCCGGUCCUGGAAGAGACGCGAAGACGCCGUACAUCGACCGUGAAGGAGGGUUCCCGAAGGAGGGAUUUAGCGAGGGCUUUGGGGGGUCGGGUCAUUAUGUCAUCAGCGACCAUGAAAGUGGCUUUGACUUUAACGAUCCGACUGGGUACAACAACCACGGAUUUCCGGACACCCACAUUCAAUACGGACCCCACGGCGUCCCCGACCCUUCACUUAACACGGGCUACCAUCCUCGAGGCCCCCCCGGCUCAGAGGACCCGCACUUCGACCACCCGGAGCACUUCGAGUACCCUCAGGGCCCGCUGGAAAACCCUUUCGGCGCGACCCACCUCCCUCACUACCCUGACCUGGACCCGCCCUUCGGCCCAAUUCGCUACCCUGACGCUCACGCUCCCCUAGGGCCGCCCUUUGACGGCAACGGGGGUUUUGGUGACGUGGAGACUUCACCCACAGGGGCGCCCGGGGAAAGCGUCCAGGACCACCAUGGCACGUUCUUGACAUCUUACAUCACCCUUGACAACACCACGAAGACGAAGAUGAUCUGCGGAGGAAAAAUCUCCAAGAAUUACCGCGAUGUGCAGUGCCUCCCCGAACCCGAUGCCUUCAACCCGUGCGAGGAUAUCAUGGGGAAUUUGGGACUCCGCGUGGCCGUGUGGCUGGUGGUUGUCACUGCGGUCUUCGGUAAUCUAGCGGUGAUGGUAGUACUAAUGAGUACGAGAUUUAAAAUGACCGUUUCCAAGUUCCUGAUGUGUAACUUGGCCGUCGCCGAUCUGUGUAUGGGAAUAUACCUGCUUCUUAUCGCCGCAAUGGAUCUGCAUACUAUAGGCGUCUAUUUCAACUACGCUAUCGAUUGGCAAAAUGCAUAUGCCUGCCCAUGGAGACUCAGGAUGUGGCGGACCAAGCGUACCUCCUCAUGCUGCUCACCACCAACGGCCUGGCUUUCGUUCUCAUCUGCGUCUGCUACUCCAAGAUGUACUGCUCCAUCGCGGGCAACAACCUGGCUGCCAACACCUCGGACACGACGGUGGCGAAGCGCAUGGCUCUGCUGGUCUUCACGGACUUUGCCUGCUGGGCCCCUAUCGCCUUCUUCGGCCUGACGGCGGUGCUGGGCUUCCCCCUCAUCAGUGUCACCCAUGCCAAGUUCCUGCUGGUGUUCUUCUACCCGCUCAAUUCCUGCGCCAACCCGUACCUGUAUGCCAUUCUCACCAAGCAGUAUCGCCGCGACCUCUUCAUCCUGCUGGCCCGCUACGGCUUCUGCACCAAGCGCGCCAUCAAGUACAAGGGCGCCUACUCCACCAACACGUGGCUCAACCACAACAACGUCUGCGUCAGCGGGGGCGCCGGCGGGAGUGGCGGCCCAAGUCGCAGGAUCUCCACCCUGACGCAGAUAACCACGUGUGGGGACGUGAGAAGUCGCCUGAGAGACGGCUCCGAGGAGAGCCUGGGGCGCCCUCUGUCGCCCAUCCGCGUCAGAAGCAUUUCGGCGGAGCUGACGGUGCCGUGCGCCACGGCGCUCGGGGCAAAUGAUCGCCGUUCGUCCGACGUCGGCCGAAGACUGCAGCCCGUGGCGGAGUUACGCGACGGACAGUCGCCGACGAAAACCAGCUCCGGACCCACAGGAGGCUCGCCGCACCCGAUAAAGAACUGCCACGCCCGCACUAGUUUCACACCGGAGCAGGAGGCGCUGCUGCUGCGGUACGCGUCGAAUCGACAGCCGCUGGCGAAGGGCAGCCGCUCCCGACGCCAGACGGAGGCAGACAAAGACGAAAUCGUCCCUCUGUCCACCUACACGCCCAGCACGCCGGACACCCUCACGACCCCGGUCUCGCCCCAGAGGGAGAGGCCCGUGUAGUCCCGCCGGACGAGCCUUCAGUUGAUUUUUAUGAUUCAUUUACGGACCGAAUCCUAAUGGUAUUUAAAUCUUCAUUAUGAAAACUUUGACUAUGACGGGACAUCAAAGCAUAUGAAAAACAAAUUGAAAAUAAUAUUUGAUUCGAUUCCGUAUCGGGAAACCAAUCACUAUAAAAAAAGAGGAAAAAUAGAGUAAAAUAAAUUCUACAGAUAUCAGUACUGUAUAGACCUGCAUAGAAAAAAAAAAAAAACUCUAUUAAAGGAUGAAAUAACAGACAAGAAGAAAUAUAACCUUUAGGUUAAUGUGUACACAAACGAUAGAGAGGAACGGUAUUCCGUUUGCAUUAAGUAUGUGUGUGUGUGUGUGUGUGUGUGUGUGUGUGUGUGUGUGUGUGUGUGUGUGUGUGUGUGUGUGUGUGUGUGUGUGUGUGUGUGUGUGUGUGUGUGUGUGUGAAGAAUUCAUUCAUAUGUAGAUUACCAUCCGUGAAAAUUCAGACUUUUGUAGCUCGUGACAUAGAUCCUGUGGCAAGCAAAGGGUUGCUUUCAGCUUCUUAAUCUGUCAGUUUGAAUGCUGAUCUGUUCAUCCAUUGGUGGCUUCAAUGGACUCAUUUUCCGAUCCUUUCAUGGUGUGUAAUCGGCGAAAUCGGUUCCAGAUUACAUCACAGGGGAAAUCGUGCGGGUCUGUCCUUCCGAAAUGUGAGCUUCGUAACAAACCGAUCUGUAUCGAAACCGGAAUAGAAGUCUUCCAAACAAACACACACAAAAAAAGCAAUUUAGUAAAGAAAUAGAAAUAACAAAAACAAUAAAACACACAGACGAAUUGAGCUCGUUUAGAUAGAUUAGUUUUAAUGUUUCAUAAUUGUUUUUCAUAAUUAUUUUUUAAAUUCAUGUCUGACUAAUCAAUUAAUAUUUCCUUAUGUAACGUCCUAGCACUCAGUUCAUCAUCACGGGUUUUUGACGAGGAUUUUACAUAGUCAUCAUGUCAGUAACACUCGACCGUACUAUAAAACCGCAGAGUUUUACUGUAAGUGAAAAUAGAUACCAUAAUACAUCACGCAAAUACACCAAUACCAGAGGUGGAUUUUCCUGCGCCAGAGUAUCCGUGCAUAAUUUAUCAUGUGGAAAUGGACGUAAACCAUAUAGUUUUUGUAUGUAAACGACGUGUGCGACGCAUGCGAACACGUAAAUAUACAGCAUUUGAUAUUUAUGCAGAUAAUCGGACAGCACAUUCGUCUAGAGAACAGGAUCAUAUAUCACUAACUCCAGCGAGGCAGUGUCGUGGUUUAGGCAUCAUGUGUAGUAAAUUCAGUGCGUAAAUCUGUUUGCUUACUAGAUGAAAGACAACAGAAUAAACAUUCAGUAAACAAGAAACACCUACAGUGCACAAGUGUCGAUGUAAAGAUGCAUUCGCUGAUCCUUAUACAUGAUAAAUGUGAAAUAAAAGUAGUGUUAUUUCACAAGAUGUAAUAAACUAUCGCGGCAGAGCCAUGAUAGUUUGCACACACUCAUAUACACAUGCACAAACAUACACCGCCAAGCACACGUAUGUAUAUUUUUAUGUAUGUCUACAUACA